AUGUCCCCUGUGGCGCCAUACUUUAUCCGGUCAAAGCCAGAAAUCACCUGGCAUGGGUUACAAUACGACGAAGAGUUCAUCAUAGCCAUCAUAGAUGUCGGGUUUGGAACUCUCAACUAUCUUCUGACGGGCUUUCCCCGUCAACCUAUGGUGCUGCACGACUACGAGCCAUCGGAGAAUUUCCGCCCAGAGCCGAAUCCGAUGGUGGUGGCUGUGUUUCGCAGAUCAAAAGGAUCAUCGCUGAAAAUGGGGCGAGCCGACGACUUUGAUAUUUCGAAGUUCAUGCUCGACAACGACCUGGCUGACGAGCUAAUCCGCCAUCCACCUGCUCCAUCGCUGAAUCGUCUUCCACUGGAAGAGCUAAAUUCGUGGUUGACAGUCUCCGUAGAAUUGCCACAGAUGGACGUCAAUGUCUGCUGUCAGCAAGUUCGACAGAAAGCCACCACGGUUUUCUUCGAUCCACUUGGUGCAGCCACCGUUUCCGCCUCAGCCACCGUAGUUCCACCAUCGGUGAAUUCGGCAAGAAUUCCCAUUCAAAGUCCGUCAUAUGUCAAUUACCAUCGUCAAGCCAGGACCCAUAUCGCUCUAAUGGACGAGCUCUACACCUUAGUGGCUUUGGAUGCGAAGCACCUCAAUGCUUCACUGGAUGGUCGUUGA